AUGUUUUCAAUCCCUUUAAGAAUAUCGCUCCUGUUUGUCUUCAUACUCCAGUGUCUCCAGCCGCCAGUCUCUGCCGAGUUCCGCGUCACCUGUGCUCCGUUCAAGCGGGAGCGCAUCGACCCGCUCGCGACGCCCGGCAAGGAGAACGGCCACAUGCACAGCUUCUUCGGCAGCCGGGGCAUCGGUCCGGACGCCGUCACGGCCGACGAGCUCCGCGCGAGCUGCGGCAGCUGCAACGUCCAGGCCGACCGCAGCUCCUAUUGGAUCCCCACCCUCUAUUAUGUGAGCAAGAACGCCACGGUUCCUGUCAAGGUAGCCAUUUUUCACGUGUAUUACCACGGCCAAAGUGCCGACCGCCAGCCCUUUCCCGCCGAUUUCUCCAUCAUAUCGGGCAAUCCCAACCUGACUGAAGACGAAGCCCGCGCGCAAGGCGGCAUCGGGAUGGAAUGGGGAUUCGAAGACUCAUCUGAGGAAAAGGAAGCCUGGCAGCUCCCGAAAAGAAAAGGCGGUGGCUGGCUGCGCGGCAACAUUGGGUUUCCCACAUCCGUCGUCAAAGACGAGUCGCUCGGCCGGCACCGAGAGUGCGCACACAACGACGAAGCGGGCUGCUUCAACGUCCUCCGCAUGUUCUUCGCCAUCUGGUACGACCUGCGCGACGACUGGUUUGACUUUGAGGACGGCGCUUACCUGACUCUUUCGUCAGGAGGGGGCCACACGUAUCAUGGCGAUUUCAUCAACGGCUGGGAGCCCAGCAUGGCCGAGCAGAUUGUCCGCGACACCAAGAACUACGUCCAAGUGGGCGAGCCAUCGGCGGCGCGGCGGGCGUCGCCCGGAGCACAGAGUGCCUGA